ACUUGGCGCAUCCCAUACUACCUAGCACAAGCUAUGCGUUUCUCAUUCCUCCUCGCCUUUGUUGCUGCGUUGACAACAUCUAUCUCUGUCAGUGCUGACACUGCUGAGUCAGCUGCCAACUGGGAGUGCAUACCGAAAGACUUCCAUUGCGACGACGGCAACAACUUUGGCUGUUGCUGGGGUUAUACUUGUAAGCUGGAUCUUUCAGUACCCAAGGGUUCAGGCAACAUGACCUGCCAGAAAUGAUGAGCUUGGCAGACUGAGCAUGUCGCGACAGUCGUUGCGGAGUUGAUCAAUAUACUUACUUCGUGACCGUACAAAUAUCCCUGCUGCUUCA